CUUUUAUUUGCAGAUAUUUCAUUAAACGGGUUCAAUCAGUAACUGGAAAAUAAGAAUUAGCACACACCAUGAAUUCUAUGAACGACUGCCGUAUCCUGGUCGAUGUGGACUGUAGCCGCUUCGAAGAUGACGCCUUUUCGCUGCUGGAUAAAUCCGCCGAGGUUAACGUGGUUCGCGACCUUAAGUCCUCUACGGUGGCGACCUUCGAUAAGACGAGCUUCCCUCACCUGAGCAGCUCUUCACGAACCCAGCUCAAGCAGCAGCUUCUCCGUGAGCAGGUCAAGAGCUAUGAGUUGGAGAAAAGCCCCUCCCCUUCACCAUCGGUCUUCUCCGUCAAGCUCCCGCUGGAGAACAUGGACAUCGAUCUGCCGAAAAAGGUCCUCCAGGUGGAAACCCGUCUGGAAAACCCCACCCGUUACCACGUGAUCCAGAAGCAGAAAACCCAGGUCCGCGAGUACGUAACGGCCGCACUCAAGCUCACCAAGCAAACCGUACUGCGUGAGGCGAAACACUCCCGCCUGUUGAUCCUGAGCAAGCUGUACGACUCGUUCAUCAACACCAAGCCCACAUCAACAACCACCUCCAGCGGGAACACUUCCAACAACUCGUCCGCGGCGGCCAUCCAAGCGCCAAGCUCCACGGCCAGCGUGGUGGCCAACACGCUGGAGCAGCAACAGGACUGGCGUCUGGAGAUGAAGCUGUCGGCACGCUUCGGCAAUCGGGUCUACCAAUCGUUCAUCGACGAGUUCGACUACAUCCGGGAGCUGCUGUGUCUGAUCCGCUUCGAGAUCCCCAAGUGGGUCUUCGUGGUUACGGAGUUUGAGAGUGAGAUUUCUUCGUUUCAGAACACCAAGACGGCUAUAGGUGUGGAAGAACUGCUGGCCAAGCAGACGCUGGCUGCCGAGAAAAACGCCAAACAUGAGAAGUUCAUCGAGGCAGAGGUGCGCGAUCGGAUCAAGAAGGACAAUCAUAAUUGCAGUAGGUACUGGGGAAAGGUGGGCGUCGGGUAAAGGUUUGUUUUUUUCCUUUGGCAUUUUUAUUUGAUAAGUUUAUAGUUUUAAGGGUUCUGCACAUAAAAUUGUUUUAGUUCAUAAGGUGUUCACAUAUAUUUAUUUUUCAGUUUAUCAUAUGAAUUAUUAUUAAUACCUUAAACAUAAUCAGAAACCAUAACUUUUGAAGUCUUUUAUUUAGGUUUUCAGGAAGCUAAUGAGUAUUUUUCAGAUUCCAACAUUCGCGUAAGGGGUUGAAGGCCGACAAUGACUGAUGGAUUAUGUACGAGUGCGCUAUUCAAGGUCGAACUCAUAACAUGGAGUGGAUUUCCCGAUGCCUGUGCUGCUGUUGUUGAUAAAAAUGAUCUAAGUUUUCAAAGUAAAAUAUGAUACAAGAUAUGUACAAAUAAAACAUA